AUUUGCACGUUGAACGUAGUUCGACAAUUUAUUUGUGUUUACACGCUUAUUUGACUUUAAAUGCAAAUUUCUUUUGUGUACGUAGUGCGCAAACAACAUAACAAUUUGUUUUGACAUUUUGAAAUCACAACGUAGUUGUGAAAUUUAAGGAAUUAGUGUUUUUUAUAAUUGCCACACGUGGUGGGGCUUUCAAUAUGGCGGAUGCGAAACGGGACCCGAAGGACCCGAAAGAAAAGUCAGAUAUUACUGGACAGUUUAAGGAAAAUAAAAAAGGAAAACAACCGGCGAGAAAGGACGUGAAUCCGUCCGCCUCUACAAGCAAAUCGCCGUCGGCGAAUGAAAAUUCGUCAGAAGAAUUGAUUUCGAUUUUACAGGCCAUGAGGGCCGAGCAGGUAACGACUAAUAAAAAAUUAGAAUCGUAUGAACGUAGAUUGACUCAAAUUGAAAAUUAUGAGGAAGAGUUUGAAAACUAUGAACAGUAUGAAGACGAGACAUAUAGUGAAUCAGGUGAUGGUUCAAAUAAGAGGGGUUUAGAUGAAAGAAAUGUUGAGGGUAGCCGUUUUGCCUCGUUAGCCAAAAGAUUUAAAAGUGUUGAGGUGUGUGACAGUGAACUAGACCCAGUGCUUGCCUCAAACAUAAAUGAACUAUUUACGAAUGGCAUGGAAGAGGAGCAAUAUAGCCAGAUGACGAGAGAUGAUGUGAAUGCACGUCCUUCAAAUUGUGAAAAUUUGGUUACUGUAAAACUAAAUCAAUUAGUUUGGGAUAUCGUUUCACCAACAGCCCGUUCAAGGGAUAAGAAAUUACAAACUUUAGAAACAAGUGUUGUUAAAGCUGCCGUUAUUUUGGCAAAGACUGUUGAUAAAGCAGCAAAGUUAGAAAAGGAUUUAGUUGGUUCUUGGAAGGAAGGUUGCGAGAUGGACUCUCUUAUUGAUGGAUGUAAUGAUUCUUUGGCUCUUCUUGGACAUGCAAACAGGCAGGUGAACAUGUUACGUAGAGAUCUGCUGAAACCUGAAAUGAGAAAUGAAUAUGCACAUUUAUGUACACAUUCGCUGCCAUAUACGAAUCAAUUGUUUGGAGACGAUGUCUCCAAGACAGCUAAAGAAAUCGAGGAGUGUUCCAGGAUUGGGCACAGGUUACAAUAUGGUCCAUCGCGGGGAAGUUACCGUGGCAGGCCAGGUUUUCGACCAAGAAUCAGAGGUGGCUUUAGUCGAGGUGGCUUCCGUGGUCGUGGUAGUUAUGGUACUGGAGAAUUUACCCAGCAGGGGUCAAAAAACUUCCAGCGCCGAGGAGGGAACAAGAAGAUGUAAGCUUAAAGUGUUGUAAGUCGCUGCAUUCGAAAGAUACAGACAGACAGGGCAAAAGCUGUUAUCAUAGCCCCAUUGUGGCCAACACAAGCAUGGUUUUCUUUACUAAUGAAAAUUCUAGUCGAUCUCCCAGUGAUUUUACCAAGGACA